GGGCUCAGCUGAUGCUGUUGUUGUCCUACCCCUCCCCCGCAGCUCUCCGGGCCGCGCUCAGGCCGGCGCUCCGCCCCGCCCCGGGACCCGGGACUCCGUGACCCUGUUCUGCGGCCCGCCCGCCCUCCCGCCCGCACCCGAGCAUCCCGGGACCGCGCAGCACUCCGCGUGCGGGUGAGCGACCCUGGUCGUGGGGCCCACGUCCCCUGCCCGAGCGUUUCUAGAGCAUCUGAGAACCGUGUUGAGUUCACAAGACCGCGACAUAAACAUUGAGAGCCUGGGGAGGAGACGAAGGGGAUCUAGCUCUCCUUUUAAGAACCUCAAACAUGGGGAAGUCUCUUUCUCACUUACCUUUGCAUUCAAAUAAAGAAGAUGGUUAUGACGGGGUUACAUCGACAGACAAUAUGAGGAACGGAUUGGUUAGCAGUGAAGUGCACAAUGAAGAUGGAAGAAAUGGAGACGUCUCGCAGUUUCCAUAUGUGGAAUUUACUGGAAGAGAUAGUGUCACUUGUCCCACUUGCCAAGGAACAGGAAGAAUUCCUAGGGGGCAAGAAAACCAACUGGUGGCAUUGAUUCCAUACAGUGAUCAGCGGUUACGGCCAAGAAGAACAAAGCUGUACGUGAUGGCAUCUGUGUUUGUCUGCCUGCUCCUGUCUGGAUUGGCUGUGUUUUUUCUCUUCCCUCGAUCUAUUGAAGUGAAGUACAUUGGUGUAAAGUCAGCGUAUGUCAGUUACGACUCUGAAAAACGAACCAUAUAUUUAAAUAUCACGAACACACUAAAUAUAACAAAUAAUAACUAUUAUUCUGUUGAAGUUGAAAACAUCACUGCUCAAGUCCAGUUUUCAAAAACAGUGAUUGGGAAGGCACGCUUAAACAACAUAACUAACAUUGGCCCACUUGAUAUGAAGCAGAUUGAUUAUACGGUACCCACAGUUAUUGCAGAGGAAAUGAGUUACAUGUAUGAUUUCUGUACACUGAUCUCCAUCAAAGUACACAACAUAGUACUCAUGAUGCAAGUUACUGUAACAACAGCAUACUUUGGACACUCUGAGCAGAUAUCUCAGGAGAGGUACCAGUAUGUUGACUGUGGAAGGAACACGACUUACCAGUUGGCCCAGUCUGAGUAUCUAAAUGUCCUUCAGCCCCAACAGUAAACUCUAAAGGAGAUGUGGUUAGAGCCAGUGACACACCUGAGACAUUGUCAGAACUGUCAGUGAGGAGGUACUGCCUAGAAGGACAUCUUUAAUUAAGCACGUCUAAAGUUUACACUGGGACAUUGAGGGUUCAGCUAACAGAAUCUGCUCCUUACACAGUUCCUGGACGCUCGUUUUCUGUGUUGACGAUUUGCUCCUACCAAGAGCUUUUCCUCCAUCCUAAGUUAACUGAUUGGCUUUGUUCCCAAGGUGAAAAAUUGAGACUUCCUUAGAAUACAAUAAAUAAUUAUAUAAAAGUCAUAGAUUUAAUCUAUAUGUCUAUUGAUAAUAUAGUUCUGUCCUGAACAUAAUUUGAAAAAUAACUUCUGAAGAUUUUUAUAUGAAAUUACAUGGAAAACUUUUAAGAACGGACCUGUUUUAUAAAUUGCCAUUCUUAUAUGGCAGUCUUUCAACUAUAUGAAAACUUAGCUAUUAGCUAAAUGUUUUUAGCCUUUAAUUUCUUGAAAUUUUACUGAUUUGCAUGUUUUGUCUUAUUUCUAGCUAAUGGUUGCAUAAUAUUUACCAACCAUAACAGUCUGCCAAAUUCUGUUCCACAUUUUGUAAGAGCCUUUCAGUAUGUGUUUCAUGUAUAGCUUUGUAAACUUUUAUGUGUGAUCUUCAAACAUAUUCCUUUAAUGUACUAUAUUGUAAAUAAACUGCAUGGCUUUUGUACAGGUUUGAUAAAUGUCAAAUGAAGUGGUACAGAUUAAGAAGUAAAGGAAGUUGUUCAUAAAAAAUAAAGUAGGACAGUGAAAUUCAGAAACCUCAGUGAGUUCCAGCUACAUGCUGGAUCUGGCCUAAAAUAUAUACACAAUAAAACAUUUUGAUGCUCUACUUUUUAUGUUGCUUUUCAUAUUAAUUAUAUAGAUGCUUUUCACAGCAAUUAGGUAUCAUCAAUUUUAUGAAUGUUUUAGGGAAGGAAAUCAUUUCUUACUAGAAAUUAUUCAAGAAAUCCUUUCAUUGAACAGUGGUAGCUACAUCAAAAUAAAACCUAUAUUUUGCUUAAAAAAUUAAUCAUUAUGCAUCAUACUGAUUCAAUGCUACUAGCAGUUACAUUAAACAUUUAUUUUUAAUUUUGUCUAACACUUUUUAAGUAUGAUAGAUGUACUCAUCUUGUUAGUUUGUAUUUUCAGUGUCAUUUUUGACAAAUUAUUUUCCUUACUCACUCAGCAAAUGUUAAGGACCUGUUAAAGUGCAUUUUGUUCCUUAUGUCAGAAGUUGGCUUUCCCUUUUCCCAUACCCAAGUGCCUCGGUUGGUUGUGAUGCGUAGUCUGUUCAUCAGCCUGGGUUUCAAGUAUAAAGCAUCAACUCUACGGCUGGAUUCUGCCCUUUCAGCAUUCUCCCAUCUUUCCUGAGCAUCCCCCACCCCGUGUCCGCCAUGGGAGAGAGCGCUGUAGUCAUGCCUGUGCUGCCUGUGGCAUCCCUCAGACACUGCUGCCAGCCUCCCUUCCUGUUGUACCACCACGUCCUUUGCACUCACUCACUUCUAGUCAAGCUGGUCUGUGUUUGAAUGUUUUUUUCCUGUGCUUCCUGGUUACCUUUUAGUGAUUUUCUAUAUAAAAAAGCAAAAUGUAAAUAAAUAAACCUUUUUUAUGAUUCCCGUUGUGCUUUUUCCCUAUCCUGGCUCCAUGCCUCCUUACAACCAUGUGAGGUCUACAAAAUCAUCAUCCAUCCAUUUCCCCAAAAUCACCGUUUAUAUAUGCCUCAUAUAAUAAUCACUUUCCAUAUUCCUUCCAUUUGUAUUUUAGUCUAGGCGAGCACUGUAUAGGAGAAAUUUGUUUUUCACUUUCCUCCAGAGUUCAUGGACGAGGCCUACAGAGGCAGGGCACUACAGCACAUUUUGCUCCCAGUGACUCAGUUUCAAAAUCUUAACUUUUAAAUAGAAAAUUCUAUCCCAUCUAGUUUUAAUGUCUAGCUUUAAUAAUGUUUGAUUCAUUUUCAAAACAAAACAAACAAACAAAAGUCCCUGGAAUUGAAACACAUUGACCGUGACUCUUCAAGGAGAAUCAAAUAACUCCUGGGUCAGCCAGGCUGGUAACAGCUGUAAGUUAAUAAAACUCAAAACAAAAUGAACAGCAGCAAACUGACUGGUAGCCAUAAAAACAUUUGCAAGUAUGAGUGAGGCUUUUCACUUUUCUUAGGUCAGUCUGAGUCUGGUUUAGCUAAGUCUGGCUUUUGGCAAAGAGAAAGGGUAUAUAUUAAUAUAUUUUUAUGAGUAUCGCCAGAGCUUGGCCAGGGACAUGAUGAAGACAUUACCAUGUUGCCCCAUGUUCACACGAGUACAUUCUGUUCUACGCUAACCCAGCACUGCCCCAGUUUCUGUGAAUAGUGUGUGUACAACACACUGACUGUUGCUCUUCUGUCUGCUUUUCUUAUAUAAUUUCUCAACACGACACUGAGAGGAAUUGGUUUAAAAUUAUAUAUUAGUAAAUACUUUAAUUGCAGCCAGAAGUUGGUUCUCUGUCUCUCAUAUCUGUGCCCUAUCAAUUAAAAUGUCCAUUGGAAAGCCAUGGUAGCUCAGGUUAAUACAAUUAAGAAUUGAAGAAGUGGCCAGUGAGAUGGUGCAGGGGUUGAGGAUGAUUGCCACCAGGCUUGAUGGUCUGAGUUGAGUCUCUGUACCCCACAGAAGAUGGAGAGAACUGGCAUUGUUCUCCAAUGCCUGUUCACAUACAGUACAAAACCACAUAUAUAGUACACGCACACACAUACAUACAAAUGCAUGUGAAAAAUAAAAGUUCUUGAAGUUAAUAGUGAUGGCUAAGAUUUUGGUAACUUUGAAUUACUAUCUGAAAUAUUUCUAAAAGUAAAUUAAACAAUGUAGAAUCCUUUAGAACCAAAGCUGGAGCUUAAUUUUUGUGUGUUAAUAUUUAAUACUUCACAAUCAUUCCAAUAAAAAUAAAACUGACAUUUUGGUGUGAAUUAUUUAUAAGUAAGAUUAUUACAUUUGAGAUUUGAAAUACGGUGUAAAAAUGCUAGACAUGAGAUAAAUUCCUCGAAACUGCUUGAAAGACUAUCUUGCCUCAGGCCACAUUUUAUAGGACAUAACUUUUGUUAUCAGUUUUCUUUUGGCUCCUGUUUACUUGAUCUUAAUGAAGGAAUUAUUUUUUUCUUAAAACAUAUUACAAGAGUGUAAUAUAACUCACUUCAGGUUUUAUAAUUUGCUCUUAGGAAAUGGUGGUACAGUGUAAAAGGAGAUGGGAGUUUGACAUCCUAACAGACUUUGUAACCAUAGGACAGUUGAAACUUGGCCCUGAUGGGCCUUGUGGGUUUUAGCCUACUGCACAAUAAUUUUGAGUAUGAUGUUGGCAGGUGUGUUGCUGACUCUUUUCCUUCCUUUUAAAGUGCUUAAAACAACUGGUUGUUAGUACAUUGCUUCUUAUUUUAGACGAUAGUUUCAUUCAUAUGGCUUAAAAAUAUGAAUAUUUUUAUAUUUUCAAAUACUUUUUUUGUCUUCUUUGAUAAUAAGAGCUAAACAUGUAGCCAUUGGCUUAAAAUCAAAUGGUAAACCAUGAUAGCAUCAGGCUAGAGUCUGAGACACCAAAACGCCACAGCUGCUAGGCUCAAAGUGUGUCUUAGAGUGGUCAGCCUUAUUCCUCUGACUAACUUUGUAAAAUUAGAUUUUAAAUCAAACAUUUAUCUUUAACUUUUUAAAGAAAAUUAGUGCAUAUCUGAGAAAACUGGUAAGAGUCAUUAUUUCUUCAAAGUUGUAAUUUUUAGAUUAAAACAAAUGUAUUUGUGAUAUACUUGGCUCAAAAAAUUGGACUUUUAUACCACAGACCUAUUUACAUCACAGUCUUCAUCCACAGUUUCAGUGCAUAUCUGAGAAAGCUGGACGGGCGUCAUUAUUUCUUCAAAGUUGUGUUUUUAGAUUAAAACAAAUGUAUUUGAUUGAAAUAUACUUGGGUCAAAAAUUUAACUUCUAUAUCACAGAUUUAUUUACAACACUGUGUAAUUAUUAUUACACCACAGUCUUCACCCACAGUUUCUGAUUGCAACUACAUCAUGAGUUUUUAGCUUGCUUAGAGAACAGGUUUCACAGAGGAGAAUAUGCUCUGAAGCUUAUCUUCAAGGUCGAUAAAAGCAACAGUGAUGGGAUUACUGUAGGAGCAGAAAUGGAAUUUCCAUGUUUUAACCUGUUAUUGCCAUUCCUGUGUUGUUCCUUUUACAUGUUUUAACAUGGACUCCAUGUUGAGGAUACAGUGUGGUUGGUGUUUGACCUGCAAAACAGUGCAUAGAUCAUGUAGCAAGGUUACAAGGAGCUUCUCAUAGUUAAGUCUAACUAUUCUAGAAGGAAGUUGCUGCCUUCUGUUGAAUUACAUUAAUUGAAAUGUGUUUAAGUGAAAUAUUUUCAGGAUAUUUUGUAUACUGUAAACAAAAAAGAAUAGUAUUGUGCCAAUGGCCAAAGGUGAUAUUACUACCAUGUAGAUGAUGACAGUUCAAAUUGUCCCAAGUCACCCAGAAUUUUAGAAACUAGAAGUCUGGGGGACACUCCAUCAGGUAUAUUGAGAGAUUCUUAAGUGCUGUUAUACACUGUUCAUCUUGUAAACAUCCAGCAUGAGGAGGAGCCCUGACAGACUGCACAGAUGCAGAAUCUCAUAACACGGAGGCUGGCGCCAGACAUAAAGUAUCAGCCGGUCACGUCUGUGUGAUUUAUCUUAGAAUCUCCAUCAGAGCUUAGCCGAAAAGGGUUGGAAAAUGAUUUGGAAUGUUCACUUAUGACGUGGAUGGCAGUAUCACUAAGCUCUCACAGUCCUUUCAGAUGGUGGGGUAGAGAACGCAAGAUCUGUUCUGCAUGCUUGCUCUCUAGCGGCCUCCACAUGUUACAUCUGUUAGCUUCACUCUUUGUACAGUUCUGAACUAUGGUUACAAUUGCUGUUCAUGUAGGGAAACAUGGCUGUGAUAGGAACGAGAAUUGAAACGCUCCCCCCCCCAUGCUAUUUUUAAAAUACACUUAUAACUGUUACUCUUAUACUGUGUAUGACAAAAUAAAAUUUGUAAAAAGCACUUUAGCAUGAAAAAUAAAAUUUGUAUCAACAAAGUA